UAUCGUUUUGUCAACCAUUCUGACAGUGGUUGGCCUGUCAUGACGGAAUUGAAGAUCACUGCUAAGAAGGGCACCGGCUUUUACAUCCGCGCUGCCGCCACCUUUUUGCGUGGCACGGACGAGAAGCCACCCGUACCGUCAGUGAUCCUGAGCGGCACAGGCUCUGCUACCACCACCGUGGUCGAGACAGCUCAUGCCAUUCAAAAGCAGGGCUUGGCCAAAAUCACUCGAGUGGAGACGGGAUAUCCGACCACUGGUGGUCAAUCUACGGCCCGAUUAGCCGUGACGCUCACCGCUGAUUGGCCCUUCCCAGAUCCCAGCAGCUACUGCAACUUCGAUGAAGUUCGGGUAGAAAGCUAUGCCUUAGAUCUGGAGAUCAACUUUGAGAAAGGCAUUUUGCAGGGCUCCAUCGAGCUUGAGCUCUUAGCCAUUCAGGAGAGCAGCCGGUUGGUGUUGGACACCCGUAGCCUAAGCAUCAGCAGAGUGACCGCUGACGGGGCCAGCGCUAGCUUUCAGUUGGGAAGUGCAGGCCGAAAGUCUGAAGCACUGGGGGAAGCUUUAGAGAUAGAACUGCCGAAGAAGCUGUCACCUGGCGAGAAGGCCAAAGUGCACAUCGAGUAUGCCACAGCUCCAGAUGCGGUGGCAAUACAGAUCCUGUCUCCAGAGCAGACACAAGGAAAGAAGCACCCAUAUCUCUUCACGCAGUGCCAAGCCAUUCAUGCACGGUGCCUGAUGCCUUGCCAGGACACACCAGGCGUCAAGAGCAAGUACACCGCAAAAAUGACGGCACCGUCGCCUCUCACUGUGCUGAUGUCUGCAGUUCCGGAAGGGGAGCCCAAGGAAGUGGAUGGCAAACGCUGCUUCUACUUCACGCAGAAGGUGCCCAUCCCCAGCUAUUUGCUGGCAAUUGCCUGCGGCAACUUAGCUUCGCGCCGCCUGGGCCCGCGGAGCCACGUGUGGAGCGAGCCGGAGGCGGUCGAGGCCUGUGCCUUUGAAUUUUCAAACACCGAGAAGUUCAUGAGCAUCGGCGAGAAGCUCUUUGGUGAAUACGUUUGGGGCAUCUACGACCUCUUGGUGCUGCCUCCAUCCUUUCCUUACGGCGGUAUGGAAAACCCAUGCCUGACCUUUGUCACUCCCACACUUCUGGCAGGUGAUCGCUCCCUUGCAGACGUGGUCGCACAUGAGAUCACGCAUAGCUGGUUUGGCAACUUGUGCACCAAUCGAAGCUGGGAAUGCUUCUGGUUGAAUGAAGGCUUCACCAAGUUUGGUGAGACCCGCAUCAUGGGCAACAUGAAUGGAGCUGACUACGAACAGCUGCUACUGAGGAAUGACUGCUUGAAAUUGUCGGAAGACGUAGCUCUCUUUGGGCCUGAGCAUGAGUUCACCAAACUGUGUCCACAGCUGAAGGGAGUGGAUCCUGAUGAUGCCUUCAGUGGCAUCCCAUACAUGAAAGGCGAACUUAUGCUACGGCAUUUGGAGAAGAUUGUGGGGCAGGAGCGUUUUGAAGCUUAUCUCAGAGCUCAUGUGAAGCGCUUCUCUGGAGGGUGCUUGGAUGAGAACGACUUCAAGAACUUCUUCUUGGAGCACUUUUCCAGUGAGCCAGCCGUCAAAGAGGUCGAUUGGCAGAAGUGGUUCUACGGACGUGGAAUGCCAGAGAUGCCUGCUCUCCACUCCACGCUGGCUGAGAAGGUUGAGCUGUUGUUCUCCUCGCUGAAGGGUGGAUAUGAUGGGGCGGCAGAGGACAUCAAAGACUGGUUUCCCAAGCAAACUGAGUUGCUCCUGGACCGCUUGGUGGACUAUGCCCGUGAGCAGGCAGCCGCUGGCAAAGCGGUAGAGGUUCAAGGGCGGCUGAAUGCGUGGAAUGAAGCUUUCGGCUUCGAUAGCACGAAGAAUGCCGAGAUCCGCUUCCGCUGGCUGAUGCUGGCCUUGGCCUGCAAUGACCCUUCCCGUGUGGAUGCAGCCAUUGCCAUGGCUCAGGAGGUGGGACGCAUGAAAUUCACCCGCCCACUCUACCGAGAACUGAUCAAGGAGCCAAGCCGUUUGCCAAAGGCUAAGACAGCCUUUGAGGCAGCCAAGGGCUCCUACCACCCGCAUCUUGGUCGAAAGGAUUCGGGACGGGUCGUGUCUCUUCUCCCCUCGGUGGUUUGGCAGACUCCCAGAGGCUGAACUGAAGAUGGCCCCGUGUGGCCCGUGCAAGGUGCAGAGGUUGUUUUGAGUCGUGUGUUCUGCCCUUUGAUUAUUGGGGAUGAACAGCAUCAGAGAUGUGCUUUGGCUACUUCCACUGCCGCCCCUUCGGUUGGUUUGAACGCAACGGCGCAAAGAGUCGGUGCCGCCUUGCAGAGCUCCAGAGCUGUAGAACGUAUCCAAGGAUCACUGCCAAAAUGGUAGCACAAGACUUUGCGAAAGCUGAAGCCAAAUGAGGAGUGCAGUGUUGUGGACCUGGUGCAGUCUCAACAGCCUCCCGAAAGAAGGUGCGCCAGGAAACUUUGGACCAGCCUGGCAGCUCUUUCCGCCACUGGAGCACGCUAUGGCAUAUCUUGUGGCGAUGUUUAGGUAGCUAGGGUAGCUACUAGGCUGAAGCGACAGGCUCGUGGUGUCGAA